AUGGAGGUGAAGCAGGAGGUGAUGAAGGUGAAGCAGGAGGUGAUGGAGGUGAAGCAGGAGAUGAUGGAGGUGAUGGAGGUGAAGCAGGAGGUGAUGGAGGUGAAGCAGGAGGUGAUGAAGGUGAAGCAGGAGGUGAUGGAGGUGAAGCAGGAGAUGAUGGAGGUGAAGCAGGAGGUGAUGGAGGUGAAGCAGGAGGUGAUGGAGGUGAAGCAGGAGGUGAUGGAGGUGAAGCAGGAGGUGAUGGAGGUGAAGCAGGAGGUGAUGGAGGUGAAGCAGGAGGUGAUGGAGGUGAAGCAGGAGAUGAUGGAGGUGGUGAAGGUGAAGCAGGAGGUGAUGGAGGUGAAGCAGGAGGUGAAGCAGGAGGUGAUGGAGGUGAAGCAGGAGGUGAUGGAGGUGAAGCAGGAGGUGAUGGAGGUGAAGCAGGAGAUGAUGGAGGUGAUGAAGGUGAAGCAGGAGGUGAUGGAGGUGAAGCAGGAGGUGAUGGAGGUGAAGCAGGAGGUGAUGGAGGUGAAGGAGGUGAAGCAGGAGGUGAUGGAGGUGAAGCAGGAGGUGAUGGAGGUGAAGCAGGAGGUGAUGGAGGUGAAGCAGGAGGUGAUGGAGGUGAAGCAGGAGGUGAUGGAGGUGAAGCAGGAGGUGAUGGAGGUGAUGGAGGUGAUGGAGGUGAAGCAGGAGGUGAUGGAGGUGAAGCAGGAGGUGAUGGAGUCUCAGACCCUGGUCCUCACAGUCUCAGACCCUGGUCCUCACAGUCCCAGACCCUGGUCCUCACAGUCACAGACCCUGGUCCUCACAGUCUCAGACCCUGGUCCUCACAGUCUCAGACCCUGGUCCUCACAGUCCCAGACCCUGGUCCUCACAGUCUCAGACCCUGGUCCUCACAGUCUCAGACCCUGGUCCUCACAGUCUCAGACCCUGGUCCUCACAGUCCCAGACCCUGGUCCUCACAGUCUCAGACCCUGGUCCUCACAGUCCCAGACCCUGGUCCUCACAGUCCCUGGUCCUCACAGUCCCAGACCCUGGUCCUCACAGUCUCAGACCCUGGUCCUCCCUGGUCCUCACAGUCCCAGACCCUGGUCCUCACAGUCCCAGACCCUGGUCCUCACAGUCUCAGACCCUGGUCCUCACAGUCUCAGACCCUGGUCCUCACAGUCCCAGACCCUGGUCCUCACAGUCUCAGACCCUGGUCCUCACAGUCCCAGACCCUGGUCCUCACAGACCCUGGUCCUCACAGUCUCAGACCCUGGUCCUCACAGUCCCAGACCCUGGUCCUCACAGUCUCAGACCCUGGUCCUCACAGUCCCAGACCCUGGUCCUCACAGUCUCAGACCCUGGUCCUCACAGUCUCAGACCCUGGUCCUCACAGUCCCAGACCCUGGUCCUCACAGUCACAGACCCUGGUCCUCACAGUCCCAGACCCUGGUCCUCACAGACCCUGGUCCUCACAGUCACAGACCCUGGUCCUCACAGUCACAGUCCCUGGUCCUCACAGUCUCAGACCCUGGUCCUCACAGUCACAGACCCUGGUCCUCACAGUCACAGACCCUGGUCCUCACAGUCACAGACCCUGGUCCUCACAGUCCCAGACCCUGGUCCUCACAGUCUCAGACCCUGGUCCUCACAGUCCCAGACCCUGGUCCUCACAGUCUCAGACCCUGGUCCUCACAGUCUCAGACCCUGGUCCUCACAGUCCCAGACCCUGGUCCUCACAGUCUCAGACCCUGGUCCUCACAGUCACAGACCCUGGUCCUCACAGACCCAGACCCUGGUCCUCACAGUCACAGACCCUGGUCCUCACAGUCUCAGACCCUGGUCCUCACAGUCACAGACCCUGGUCCUCACAGUCCCAGACCCUGGUCCUCACAGUCUCAGACCCUGGUCCUCACAGUCACAGACCCUGGUCCUCACAGUCACAGACCCUGGUCCUCACAGUCUCAGACCCUGGUCCUCACAGUCACAGACCCUGGUCCUCACAGUCUCAGACCCUGGUCCUCACAGUCCCAGACCCUGGUCCUCACAGUCUCAGACCCUGGUCCUCACAGUCCCAGACCCUGGUCCUCACAGUCCCAGACCCUAGUCCUCACAGUCCCAGACCCUGGUCCUCACAGUCUCAGACCCUGGUCCUCACAGUCACAGACCCUGGUCCUCACAGUCCCAGACCCUGGUCCUCACAGUCUCAGACCCUGGUCCUCACAGUCCCAGACCCUGGUCCUCACAGUCCCAGACCCUGGUCCUCACAGUCUCAGACCCUGGUCCUCACAGUCACAGACCCUGGUCCUCACAGUCUCAGACCCUGGUCCUCACAGUCACAGACCCUGGUCCUCACAGUCCCAGACCCUGGUCCUCACAGUCACAGUCCCUGGUCCUCACAGUCACAGACCCUGGUCCUCACAGUCUCAGACCCUGGUCCUCACAGUCACAGACCCUGGUCCUCACAGUCCCAGACCCUGGUCCUCACAGUCCCAGACCCUGGUCCUCACAGUCACAGACCCUGGUCCUCACAGUCACAGACCCUGGUCCUCACAGUCCCAGACCCUGGUCCUCACAGACCCUGGUCCUCACAGUCUCAGACCCUGGUCCUCACAGUCUCAGACCCUGGUCCUCACAGUCCCAGACCCUGGUCCUCACAGUCUCAGACCCUGGUCCUCACAGUCUCAGACCCUGGUCCUCACAGUCCCAGACCCUGGUCCUCACAGUCACAGACCCUGGUCCUCACAGUCCCAGACCCUGGUCCUCACAGUCCCAGACCCUGGUCCUCCACACAGUCUCAGACCCUGGUCCUCACAGUCACAGACCCUGGUCCUCACAGUCACAGUCACAGACCCUGGUCCUCACAGUCCUCACAGACCCUGGUCCUCACAGUCUCAGACCCUGGUCCUCACAGUCACAGACCCUGGUCCUCACAGUCUCAGACCCUGGUCCUCACAGUCUCAGACCCUGGUCCUCACAGGCAGAAGGAGCAGCAGGGAGUAG